UACGUUUCCUGUAGCACGUAACGCAAUCACUUGACAGGUAGCAGUUAAGCUACUUCACAACACUUCUUAUAACACGGGAUAAACCUUUACACGGACCCUCGUGUUUAUUUCAGGUGUUAAAAAUGAUGGAGGAUGGCGAGGGCGGGAAGAUAGAUGAAUCGGAGCCUGUGGUUCAUACACAGCAUCUUUGUCGCUUCUUCUCUCAAGGAAGACACUGCAGUUUUGGCAAGAAAUGCAGGUUUCUACAUGUGAGAGAUGAUGCCAGAGCUCAUGAGAAGGAAACCAUCAGGACACCAAGCCAUUCAGACGUCACAUCUCCAAACUCAGAGGGCCAUGUAGGGCACAGGCCACCUCCCACUGGUAGCUCCAGGGUUGCCCCAGUAGUCGGCCACCGCCCAUGUCGCUACUUUAUCUCGGGGCACUGCACCAUGGAAGACAGAUGUCGCUUCUGGCAUCCACCACAGUUACCCCGAUUGGAUGACCAGCCUGUUCCUGGCAAUUACACAAGACCUACCCAGAGGAUGCCACCAGUGCCCCGUCCCAGCAUCCUCCAGGAGGUCAAGCUUUGUGACCUGACAGAGGAUGUCGCCAAGCAGUUACGAGACACAGAGAUCAAGCAGUUGAAGAAGCGUUUUCCCAAAGACCAGCUGAUUAUUCAGGAAAGAAGUGAUGGCAAAGUUAUUUACUACAGGGCGACAGUCGUGGCCACUGACCCUGACUGGCCUUUUGACCUGAAAGAAAUUGACAUCAUGGUGAGCUUCCCAGACAGUUACCCCCAGGAGAUUUUCACACUGGACAUACCGUUGGAUCAGGAUCUGCCACUGGUAAUGCAAAGACAUGUACAGCAAGCAUCAUCGGAGUGGCUUCAAGCCAAGCAUGCAACCAAUCAGCUUCUGGGUAAGGUAGAGCUGUUAUUCCGGCCUUUUCUUCGCUGGCUAGAUCGUAGCUUGGAGAGACUUUUCACUGAAGGGGCCAGGCAGUUGAAAAAAGACACUGAUCUGGAAAAGGCUGGAUUGCAGUUUAUAUCAUACCAAGAGCUCCAGGCAGCAGUGUGUGAAAAAUCUGGGAACGAUCACUCGUCUGACCCUGCGUCUCACACUGCUGCAGAUGCAGAUGAGGAUGCCAGUGGUGAGGGGAAAUGGGAAAAGACAGAAGGUGAGAGGAGAGUGGAGGGUGGAAGGUUAGUGCAGCAGGAGGGAGCAGAUUGUGAUGAAGGGCAGCAGCUGGAGAAAGAGGAGGAGGCCAGUCAUUUGGUGGAGAACAUUAAGAUCAGUGACCCUCGCAGAGGCACAGAGGUGAAGCUGCUGGGACUGAGGCUGGGAGAGAACACAGCCACCGUGGCAGCCCAAAGGAUAACUAUUUGCCUUCAAUGUAACAGGUGCAAGGUCACUGCAGACCUGACACUGACUGGAAGGGCACCCUGCACAGCUCAGUGUGAAAAGUGCAGUGCAAGCAUCAAUGCUGCAUUCAGGCCCUGCAUGCUGCACCAUUACAGCGAUGUCCUGGGAUACCUGGACCUUCACAAUGCUACACCUGCUGACCUUGUGCUCCAGGAGUGUGAACUCACUGUGGGCUGCCUCAGCUGCUCCCAGGAGGGUCCUGUGCAGAACCUUUCCUAUGGUCAAACAAAGGAGUUUAAUUGUGAACACUGCCACAGCAAACUCAGCAUUUUGGCUGACAGCACAAGAUUCCAGUAUAUACAGCCUCGCACCAACAAAGCAGGUUCAAGUGCUUGUGCUGUUAAUUAUAAGAUAAGAGACCCCGCUGUGCAAAAGGGGAAGCCACUGCCAGAGAAAGGAACCUGCAAACACUACAAACAGAGCCAUCGCUGGCUGAGGUUUCCCUGCUGUGGCCGGGCUUACCCCUGUGAUGUGUGCCACGAUGAGGACCAGGACCACCCCAUGGAACUGGCCACCAGGAUGAUCUGUGGUUACUGCGCCAAAGAACAGAUAUACGGCAAUGGAAAGCCGUGCAUCAGCUGUGGAAGCAUGAUGACAAAAGGUUCACACACCAGCCACUGGGAGGGAGGACUGGGAUGCAGAAACAAAGUCAAAAUGAACAAAAAUGAUCGACAAAAAUAUACCAACACCAAUAAAACGAUUUCACGGAAAGCAGCCAGUGAAAAGAAGUAGAUGGUGGUGAGAGCAGAAGAAGAAGAAGACGAAGAUGAAGAAGAAGAAGAAGAAGAAGAGCAUCACUGCCUUAAUUUUUGAAAGCACAUUAUGUAAUUCAUGAUAUGAUUUCAAUGAAAUUGUCAGUUUUUCCCAAUAAAUCAUGACA